GUUUUUGUUUCCUGGAAACAAGAAUGUCCGGUGGUAAAGAAGAAUACGAGGAUGAUUCCUUCUUUUCUGAUGAGAGUGACGAUGUAGCACCUAUUCGUGUCAGUCCUGAGAGGUCUUCACUACGAGCCUCCUAUACAGGGCCAUUAUCAGAGUUAAAAACUAUAGAAGAAAAUAGCGAGUGUAAUACGGAAAGAACAGUUGAAUCUUCAAGAAGUUCAGUUCAAGGAGGGGAUAAAUCAACAAGAGGGAGAGAAUUAAGAUCUCCAGAGGAUUUGCUGCCAAUAUGCAAGAUAAAGGCAGAUAAUUACUCUGUGGAUAAAAAGACUGAUAAAGCUAUAAAAGAAUUUAUCAAAUGUGUCGCCUAUUCCCGAAUUGUUUACGGUUCCGAAAACUGGAACUACGGAAAGGCUGUCUGUGAUUUGGGUGUAGCAUAUUUAGAAUUGAAAAAUUGGCCAGUUCAAGCUCAUUAUCAUUGUAAUAUUGCUCAAAAUAUUUUAAAAUCGGAUGUUCAAGAACAAGCUGAUAGAGUAGCGGAUAAGCGUAGUCAAAUACCUACUGUCCCCGAAGAAGAAAUCGACGAUUGGAACAUUAAAAUAUACACGGCAGUUGCUAAAUUGGCAGCUAAACAGAAGAAGCACGCCAAAGCGUUAACUUAUUUUGAAAAAGUUCUAAAUAUCAUUGAAGAUACCUCAGGUAGAGAAAGUAGCGAGUUAGUUGGAGUUUAUCAAUAUAUGGGUUCAAUUAAAUUAUGUAACGAUAGUCCAACUGACAUUGAGAAGGGCAUUGAAUAUUAUCACAAGGCGCACAGCAUCAGUAUGACAAUUUACAAGGAUGGUAGUCUGGAAAGCGCUGAUAGUGCGCGUAAAUUAGCAGCUGCCUACGCUUGUUUAGGAACCGAAGAUGCUGAAAUAUCUUCGGAGAGUUAUCUAAACGAGUGUUUACUAACAUAUCAAACAAACCUCGGAGAUAUUCACGAGAAAACAAUUCAAGUACAAGACGAUCUGGUUAAACUCAUGCUAAGAACCGACAGGAAAGAGGAUGCUCUUAUCUUACUGAGAAAACUGAUAGAGCCCAAGUGCGUUGUACACGGUGAAUUUUCUGAAGAAGUAUCAGAGAGUUACAAGUUAAUUGGUUCUGUUUUAUUAUCAAACGGAGAAGAUGAAAAAGCGCUUAAAGCUCUAAAUAAGUGUUAUACGAUACAAUGCUUCUCCCAUGGCGAAAACGCAAGAAGAACAAAGGAUACGAAGAAGACUAUUGACAUGCUUAUCUCGAACCCCAACUUGGCUGCUGUACACAAGAAGCUCUCAAAUAAUUUGCAAGAUAGGCCUAACUUUAAUAGCGUUGUUUGUCGGAGCAGUAGAUUAGGUGGAUUUAAGACUGAUGCCACCUACUGA